CAGACGUAGCGACUGCGGCAGUUCCUUGGACAGAUUGGCUGUUCGCGAGAGAGUGCUACGCCGGAGGCUAACUCGAAUUGUUGUUGCGUAGUUGCCCCAGGCGGUCGUCGACCAUCAUCUUCCACAAAUAAGAGCGUUUUUUGUCCAGAGAGAUUUCGCACACAAAUUGAGAUGGCGGGUGAGCUGCGAGUGCUUUGCGAUUACGAUUUUUUUUCUGUCUGAGUCUGAGUCGAGUUAGGGGAAGCAGAAGGACCUCAAAAUCGAAAGCAAAUGCGUUGGCAGAGCUGUCAAAAAUAAGUUGAAGUACCUCACCUGCAGCUGCAGCCGUUUACUUACUUACGUUAGUGCAACUGGUACAACCAAUCCGAAAAAAGAAAAAAAAAACCAUGCUCACCGCGAACUUCGUGGAGCCGACCCCGCCGGGGGACAGUUCCACCAAGGCUUUUUUCCAGCGGCAGAUCGACACCUUCGAAAACGACAAAAAUCAGUCCGACCAGGAUCUUAUGCACUGCAAAAGAAGUAUCGUACUCGUACUAAUCGCGUUUAUGCAUUACAAAUCUUUAUCUUUUUGCUCAGGCAAACGCAAAUCCGCAUUUACAAAUUCAAUUUGUAGAAAUGCUAAGUCAAUUAUUUGUAAUGCAGUUUAUACUAGUGCGAUACUCAUACUUUCAUAGUGCAUAGAUCUGACCUCGCUCUGGAAAAAUUUCGGAUGCGAGACCAAAGCGGGCCGGGCCUUGAGAAGCUUGUACCAUGACAGCAAGUCGCACGCCAAGAUCUCGGGGAGGAUCAACCGGAAUCGCGGCAUGGUGAAAACCAGUAGCCAAAGUAAAUUCGACAAGGAAACGGCUUUGAAAGAAGCAAUGUCAAUGAGCACGAACAACGGCGUGAAAAAGUGCCCGCAGAGGGACGGGAAGGUAUAGAUGCUUACUUUGCCAACCAUGCUAUAAUCCACUAGAUUCUGGCUCUGCAUCUUCUACUAUUGCUGCGUUUCGUGCAUUGGAAAUCAAGUCUCAGUCAUCUGUCAUGCAUGGUUUGCAUUGGAAAUCGAGUUUGUCAUGCAUGGUUUGCAUUCAUAAUUAAACCGAAUCUUCAUCUCCAGGUCCCGAUCCCACGUGUCGGCUUAGACAAGAGGCAAGACGACGAGGACGACUGGACCACCAUAAAGGGCCACAGUGUCAUCCGCGGGAAAAAACCGCUGACUCAAAUCAAGGCCGAGAACAACGAAUUUGUGGAAGUGCAGUCGAAAGUGGGGGUGAGAAGGGGACGGGAUAACGACGCGAUGAAAAGGGAGUUGGCGAAUAAGUUUCAGUUCGGAACUGCCUACAUGUCACCCGCCGAAUUGAAAAUGAGGAGGGAAAGAAGGGAAGAGGAGGAACAGGUAGAGGUUGUGUUUUUUUCUGCUGGUGCAGCAUCUGCGUGAGGUCUUUGUCAUGCGAGAGAAGCAAUGUGACGUAUAGGUUUCUGAUGCAUCUGCAUCAUGUCUUACAACAAGAACCAUAAUUGAAACAAAAUUAUCUCAAACUCCAGCUCUUCGCCAUGGAGAACGAGAAUUUGACGAGGCAGGACGUGGAAAUGUACGAGGACUUGAAGCAGGGGAUCAAAUAUCCAGGGAGAAAAAAUCACUUUAUUCGCCCCUGUAGUUGGCAAGAACUUUCGUUAUUUGUGUUGCUGAUACAACAACAGCACGGCAUGCACGGCUGUACGUUCAUGGUAUUAAGCCCGCUUGUGCAUUACAAAUUGGCUUCCUGACUAGACAACGAGGGUAGACUGGUAUUGUUUCUCCCUCCCAUACCCCAGAGCGGCAGAUGUCCCUCACCGUGCUAGACCGGCAGUUACAGGACAACCCGGAGCUUCUGAAGCCGAAAGAGCGGAUUCUGCUCGGCAAGGAAGCGCUGGAAUUGGUAUGAGAGUGCACAACUCCCCCUCCCCCUCAUUUGUCAUGCAAAACCGCAAAUCCAUUUGCUGCUCUGUGGCACUGGUUGCAUGACACAUUGAUUUGUUCGGAAGGCCAAACAGUAAGUACUACCUUCGGCGGGUGAACUUGUCAUGCACAGGCUUCAGGAGUGCUGGCGUUUGUAUUGCUGUCCAUGCCAUACAAAUGAGGGGAAGGGGGGGUUAUGCACUCUCAUAAUUGGACAACCGACUGCAGAAGGACCUGCAGGCUCUGCAGAAAUUUGAACUGGAGAAGUUUGGGAGAAUAAAAACCAGAAAUGCAUAGAAGCGAUAAAAGAUAGCAAAAAAUCGCGGCCGAGAUGCGGUUGUGAGAUGACUUGGUGGUCCCAGUACGUGGUGCUUGAAAUAAUUGAAGCAUGAUCGCGUGCAAGAACAGUUCUCUGUCGCACAAGACCAAAGAAAAGCAGAGCUAGACCCCUUUGCGAACCGUGGUUUUUAUCGCAUUUAUUCGAACUGCCUGUUUUAUUUGAAACGAACUUUUUUCCCCGAUGUACUUCUUUUUCGCAAAGUAAAGAAUGAAGCAAAUUCAAAAAGGGCUGAAUAUAGAUACACAAAGCACAGAACUAGACCGACAAGGUUUUUAUGAAAUCGAGAGUUCAAUAGUGACAGCGUUGCAAGUGGCUAUGAAGAAAGCUCUUGCUACAAAAAUUGGAAAGCAAGUCGUCUUGCUUGUACGACCUCC